AGGUCCAGGUCGAACCGCCAAAGUCGAAAUCCUUGUUCGCGAUUCGAGCUUAUAAAUAACCAUAUGAGAAAGUAAGAAACGUCCCUCCUCCUGUAACCAGUUCCUGCUAUCCUUCCCACCUGCUUCCUCUUAUACUGCGGAAGCUCCAUUUCGCAGCCUUCUGGUGUUCUGUGCAACUCCUCUGAAGUCAGAACAGAUUCCAAAACGGAACUCCUCUAUAGGGUUUUUGGAUAUUCAUCAAAUGCGUGCGGCAAUACUAUGAUCAUACGGUUUCUUUGAACCUCUACUUGGGAACUACGUUUAAUUGAAAUCUGGUAAAAGAAAGUGGUUUUGUAGAAGUUUACUGUUAUAGUAGGAGCAUGGAGGCUGCUACUGCAUCUAGCUUGCAUUGCUGUACAUGGAUUUUUCCCGAGAAGAUUGGAAGGAGACCCAAUGGCUUUCUGCGGUUUUCUAGGAAUUGCAGGGAGGGACGGACUCUUCGGUUUAAUUGGAGGGAUUUGCAGUGGAGCAAUGCUUCUAUUCAUCCUAGACCGGUUUCAUUAGAGAUUUCGUGUUCUUAUAAUAAUUCUCCAGCUUCGGCAUUUGAAUCGGAAAAUCGUUGUGCGUCUCUUGACGAAGCUUUGGUUUUAAAGAAGAAGGCAGAAGAGGUUAUCCCAUGCUUAGAUGGACGUUGCAUAUAUCUUGUUGGAAUGAUGGGCUCUGGGAAAACAACAGUUGGGAAGAUGUUAUCAGAAGCAUUAGGCUAUUCAUUCUUUGACAGUGACAAAUUGGUGGAACAGGCUACUGGGGAAACUUCUGUGGCUGAAAUCUUCAAAAAUUAUAGUGAGAGUUUCUUUAGAGAUAAUGAGAGUGAGGUGCUGCGGAAAUUAUCUUUGAUGCACCAGCUUGUUGUUGCUACUGGUGGUGGUGCAGUGGUUCGGCCAAUUAACUGGAAGUACAUGAGACAUGGUAUUACUGUCUGGUUAGAUGUGCCUUUGGAAGCUCUGGCAAGGCGAAUUGCUGCUGUAGGGACAGAUUCUCGCCCACUAUUGCAUGAUGAAUCAGGCGAUGCUUACACAAAGGCUCUUAUGCGGUUGUCUUUGCUUUCUGAAGAAAGGGGCAAAGCAUAUGCCAAUGCUGAUACUAGGGUUUCUCUUCUUAAUAUAUCUGCCAAACUGCGGCAUUGUGAUGUAUGUGAGAUCACUCCAACUGCUAUUGCAAUCGAGGCACUCAUACAAAUUGAGAACUUCCUUAGCAAUGAUGGAGUGGCCACUGCAACCAGUCCCUAGAUCUCUAUGCUCUUUGGUUCUUUCUAGCUGUACUUUGUCUAUUUAUAAAGCAGUGUCAUUGUUCUAUUAUGUACAGACAAAGUGGAUGAUGAUUAUUUUAUCUUCCUUUUCAAGUAAUGGAUUAAAUUUUGUAUCAAAAGAUCAGAUGAUUCAAAUGUACUUCCUGAAGUUUCCAUUACAUUCUUUCAUUUUUAAUCCCUUAAACAACUUGCCUUGCAGACUCACUUUGUAAAGUUGAAACAAUAUAUAUAAAUAGAGCAAAUCAA